AUGUCCUCGAGUUCCCCAACCACCAAGAUGCUCCUCAACGGAGAGUAUGUCCCCCAACAACCUCCUCAACAACACCGAAGCUAUUCAACCUUUUCAGAUGCAAACGGACUGUCCAAUGGUCAUGCAAAUGGUAGCUCCGAAAGCGGUUAUUUUGAUGUGUCUCCAGGUGGAUCGAAUUCCAGACAAAGUAUCUCAAGACCAUUUCCCCCUAGACACGGUAAGGGAAUGACGAUGGAGGAAGUUCAUGCUGGAGGAAUCAUAUCAGAGGAAGAGAGAUCUGCAUUAGAAUUUGAGGAUAUACCGACGGACGAACGAGAAAUCAAGAGACUACCUAAGAAGCUGAGGCCAUAUUACGAACACCUGGCAUUGUUAUACACGCAUUAUCAAGAAGUCGAUUCACUCCUUUCCGGUUCACUCCCUCAUGAUAUAGCCAUAUCAUUCUCACCCCAACGUAGCUAUCUACAGAGAAUAGGAGAUUUAGAAGAAGAAGUUGCGAAUCCACCUGAACAGAUGGGUAGGAGGGGGAGUGCGUGGAAAAUCAAAAGGAGUAGAAUGAUCGACCAAGAUCAUGAUCAGGACGAAGAUGAAAGUACGGGACUGUUAGGGCUGGGAGGUAAAGGGAAAGGCAGUAGUAAAGAGGAAAGAAGAGAAAACCUAGCGAAAUUAGCCUUGAAUGUCAACACGGUCGUGAAUAUCCUACUGGUUGGAGCCAAAGCGAUAGCUGUACUUUACUCUUCCUCAAUAUCCUUGACUGCGUCCUUGGUGGACUCCGCUCUGGACUUGUUAAGUACUCUGAUUAUUCUGGGGACAAGUUGGGCUAUAGGGGUUAAAUCUGAUAGGCACAAGUAUCCUGCUGGAAAAAGGCGGUUCGAACCUUUGGGAGUGCUCAUCUUCUCGGUGGCGAUGAUAGCAUCCUUUGUACAGGUAUUCAUCGAAUCCUUUCAAAGGGCUAUGAAACCGUCUGAGGAAGCUCCAGUAGAUUUGAGCUGGUUGGGAAUAGGGGUCAUGUUAGCUACCAUAGGAAUCAAGUUUAUCUUGUGGAUAUGGUGUUCCCAUAUACCUUCUUCGGGUGUACAGGCUCUAGCUCAGGACGCAGAGAAUGACGUGUUUUUCAAUAUGAUGUCUCUGGCUUUCCCCUGGAUAGGUACAUUCUUCAAAUGGAGAUUGCUCGAUCCGAUCGGAGGUAUGGUCUUAUCAACAUAUAUCAUUGUUGAAUGGAUCAAAACACUAUUACAGAAUUUUGCGAAUUUGUCCGGAAAAUCAGCGUCUGGAGAUCAAAUCACCAGAGUAUUGUACUUGGUAUCGAGAUUCAAUCCUGUAUUGGAAAUUGCCGAUGUGGAAUGUUAUCAUAUUGGAGACGAUUUAAUCGUUGAGAUCGAUGUGAUUCUACCGAGAUCGAGUUCAUUGCAUUUUGCUCAUGAUGUAGGAGAGACUAUACAAUGUGUAUUGGAAAGUCUUGAUGGAGUGAUAAGAGCUUAUGUACAUUGCGAUUACUCGUCACAAAACCCACUCCAACACACUUCUCGUCCCGCUCCAUUACCAGCUUCCAACCUUCGUCCGUCCUCCACAACGUCCAGUUCCAGCUCUGGAACACCCACACCCCGACCCACCAAUCACAUGCUCAGUGCGAUCCAGGAAGGAGCAGUAAGAGGUGGAGGAGCCAAUCUGUUGAACAGAGGUGGUCAAGCUGGAAUACCGGUUGAAUCGCCCGGAGAAAUCGAGGUAUAA